AUGGCGACUAAGACUACGGAUGGACAGCAUGUUGCAUCCAAUACACACACACGUUACCGUCCGUAUCCCUCCCCAGCACAAUUCUCGGCAUCACCGGAGUAUAUCAGCCGGGCGACCGCUUUCCUACGGCGUGAGCUACGCGUUUGGCCUAAUCUCGAUGUUGAGUUCUUGACGACAUUUGUGAUCUCACUUAUGAAGGCAAUUGAUAUUCGAUCUGAGUCCGCAGUCAAGCUACUGGCCGAAUUCCUGGAUAUGGACUCGGAGUAUGUGGCAGGCGAAAUUUACGCAUUCGUUCGCUCGCCUUACAAGGAUUUAUUUGUGUAUGAUACCGUUGUCGAGUACGAUAUCCCGUCAGAAGUGGCCCCACCCCCAGAAGUCACGGCUAGCCGACGGUGGUACGCCUCCCGUUCCCGUUCCCGGUCCACCUCUAGGCCUCGCCAUCCUGGCUCUCCCUCGGCAUCUCGGCGUUUAUCUCGAACACGAAGCUCGCGCUCGACGUCUCCAUCUACAUCACGAUCACGUUCUAUAUCUUGGUCUCCUUCUGGCAGAAGCCGUCCCAGCUUGAGGUAUAGGCAGCAGGAACUUAGUACAGAGGCUGGAACAUCCCGGGGUGCUUUCAUUUAUGCAGACCGCGCCCUUUCCCCCAAUCGGCAUUCCGUUGCAAAGGACGUGACCCCUGCUUCUUCAGUUGGUAGCCAACGGUACCACGGUGCUUCCCAUGAUGGUGGCGUCCGAACACAUUCUGCCAGUGACGUAGAAGGCAAGGGCAAAGGCAAGGCACCUGCGCGCGAUGAUGUCCUGAUUUCACAUGGAAUCCAAAUACACUCUGUGGACCACGAGGACGACAGGGAGCAAUCUCGCGAUGCUGCGAAUGUGUAUAGCCUACAGCACGCAGGCGCUACAGGUGAGGAAGCGAACCGGGCUGACUCCCACAUUGUCACGGAUGAGGAUACCAAAGCAAUGUCUGUUGGUGGCAAACGGAAAGAUUUAAUGGCCGAGUCUUUGAUGCAACUUUCGGAGCCUAAAGCGACGGCCUUGACGGCCUCGACCAUUCCCUCGGAUAGACCACAGGCUCGUCAUCACGAACGCACGAGAAGAGCCCCUCGUAAUCUCAACCUCUUAGAAUCGGUUCAAGCCUACCUUGUCCCCCAGGCGAAAUCAUCAUCGCGCGACCAACGGCCGACAACGUCUACCUCUCGGACAUCUCUCUUGGCGCGCCUUUCUGAUUCUCAAUCCGAUCCUUCCAACACGAAGUUUCCUGACACCGUCGCCGAUGAUGACGAACAUUCAAUUUAUCUAGACGAACACAGCGUACUACCUCGGUCGGCUGGAUCCGAGUCUCACGACACGAAUAUCCCUCUCAGUUCACCGAACCAGUCUCGGACGAAUCGUAGUGGAAUGUCCGCCGUACAGAUCAUGGCUCGCACGCGAGCCAGACUAGCCAAAUCGGACGCGCGCGCUGCGUCGCAAACGUGUUCAACACAGAAUAGCACAAUUCUCCCAUCAUCAAUAGAGGCCAAGCCACCAUCAACUUCUCAUCGCGCGUUGGGUCGUGCCCGGGUUGAGGGACGAUCUGAUGACAAUGACAAUCCUCUAAUCCCUUGUGAACCCUCUGCCCGUUUUGGGAGCGGUGCUCGGACCUUGGGAGAAUCAUCUCAGACAUCAGGUUUGACGAUGAAUCAUGUUGAAAAGUCUUCCUCGGACUCGGAUCGUCCGGUGGAGGAAAAUGGGGAAAAGUUGGGUACCUUGCGAGCAAAGUUAUUGUCUAAACUUGCGGAUGAGAAACAUCUCGUUCAGCAAGAGUACAAUGCACCGUUCACAUCGCCAUCUGGUAGUUCCUCUCUGAUGGAGCCUCCGUCGACCCCCGGAGCGCAAAUUCUACGCGACGAUGUAUCAGCUAGGGAAGCGGCGCUGCGGAAUCGGGCUCGGCUUAAUGUUCGGUUGGCUAACGCAAAGAAAGGCAUUCAAAAGGACAAUGUGCCACCCACCGAGUAA